CAAGCCUGCUCGAGUGACAUAACCUCCAACAUUCCUAAAAUGAUAUAAAUAAUGGAAAGAGAAGAAAAAAUGUUUCUGUUCUACAAAAAUAUUUACACCAAAAAAAAGUAUAUAUAGUGUAAUAUGUUUGUAAAGUGGAGAGAACAAUUAAAUGAAAUGGUUGGAGCCAGACAAAGUUUAAUUCAGUUUUCUGGUUCGAACCAGGUAUACUAGGAGAAAAUGGCUAAUGAAUACGCAAAGAGAAGUGACGAGAGACUUUUAGAAAUUGCUAAAAGAUUGGAGGAGAGGCAUUUGUCUUAUUUGCAAAUAGAAGACACUCCAUUAAAAUUAGAACAGCGACAAAAGCUCGAAGGAAUUAUCAAGGAGUAUUUAUGUCUCGUACAAAAUGAAAGGAAAUACACAUUUCCGUCGACAGCAGAUAUUUUCCACAGAUCCGCUGCAACUGUACAAAAUUUUAGCGGUUACAGAGCAUGUACAGCAUGGAAUUCAAUUUCCUUGUACGCCGCUAAUUUAUUAGCUCAGCCUUGGCGAAAAGAGUAUCGAACAUUAAGAACUUACAGUGGAUAUUAUAAACAUGAAGUGGAGGCAAAUUUAAUCGGCGCUGAAAUGAUGUUUGAAUUAAUGGGCUAUAAACACACUGGUCUUGGAGUUUUAACUCUAGACGGUCCCAUUGAUCCCGACAAAGUUUCGUUUGUCAGUCGUGACGCUAUUGUUGCCUCUGUCGAGUGUCAGAUAUUGAAAGAAAUUUGGGAAGGUGUCUCGAAGAAUUUCACCAUAACCUGGCUGGAAAUAUUGGAAUUUCGCGAGAAUCAUGUCGGCACACCGGAACAAGCGAUACGCGCCUUAAAUUAUCGUUUUCACGAAAAAUUACGACACAGUCAAACAAAAAUGGACGCGUAUUUAAAUUAUCCCUAUUUAUCGCCGAAUCAAGCUGAUAUUAUUUCUCCAUCGAUACAAUAUCCAUUGCCAGUGAGUAACUACAAUUGCCCUCCUGAUUAUUCAUCAUAUUUAGGCGAAGGUCUCAAUUAUCACCUUUGUCUCGAGAACUAUGGCAACAUGUACGAUUAUCGAAAUGCAAAACACUACAAUGUUCCUUGUCACACGACAUUGCCAUCGACUUGCACUUCCCGUGUACCGACCGGUUGUCUCAUUGAACUCGAUCCACCGAAUCAUGAGAAAUACGCCAAACAUCAUCACCACCAUCAUCAUCAUCACCAUCCCGAUGAAGUCGAUUUCUGUCAAAGAAUUCCCAUCAACGAACGUGAAAAUCGUAAAUCAACACCCACGUCAAAUACCGAAAAUUGGGAAUACGUUUACGACGGUCUACGAAGCAGUGGCUACUCCAAGGAUCUUGGCGAUCGUGACGAUAUUCUUUGCCGACGUGAUAAAAAUUCCACCAAAUAUCGAAAAUUUCCCAUUGACAAUUACGACGAAAAACAGAAGCAACACGACAGACGUAAAAUUGCCCGAUCACAAAACGAAUUACCACAACAACCGCAUCAUCAUUAUCAAGAUUUUAUAAAUCACAAGAAAAAAUCAUCAUUCGAUGCAGCCGAUUUAAAAUGCUAUCCCGAUUUUCAAUUGGAAAAGAAACUCGAUGAGAAGUGUCGUAAAAAUGGUCAAACAAUGCCGAAUUUGAAUACAUUUCAAACUAAGGAGACAAAUGAACAAAUUUCACAGUACAUGAGAGAUUUGAAAAUUGUGGAUAAAAAUAAUAAGCAUAUUGAUCGAUGGCAAUGUUCGUGGUGUACGUAUUUAAAUUCCCCCGAACUAUCAAUUUGUGACAUGUGUAAAAAAUCGAAGCACAAAGGCAAUGAGGACCUACCACUGGCGAGUGGUGGCAAAGAAUGUCCCACCUGUACUUUGGUUAAUGAGAAAGACGUUUUACAAUGUAUCGCUUGCGAGGCAGACUUGAAAAAUUCUCCCACUUAUAUUUAAAAGAUUAUUUCCCUCACUUUUUAUUUUUAACAUUCACAAAGCAAAUUUUCAUUUAGAAAAAAAAUUCUUAACAAGAACUAGAAAAUAAAAAUAGUUAUAUUUUUGUUUUUUUUCUCUU